GGCCUGUUCUGGCAGGCCACUGGAAGGGUAUAUAAGCCUCCCCCUGCAACUGGGGACCACUGAGAACACACAGUGGAAACAUCUCCGCCCGACACUCCAGCAAACAUCCAGCAGGCAUUUUAAAUCCUCUCAGGGGCGCCAUGCUUCCAGCAUAAUGUCAGCUAAAGUUGCCAUUCAGAAGUUCUCCUUCCCCUUCUCCUGCGCUGCACGCCUGCCUCAGCAAGAUGAGGUGACCCAGGAGGGAUGUGCACAGGUGAAGCUCCAUGACCUCCAGGAGAAUCGAAUCCUGAGCGAAGCAAACCCUGUUGCUGUGAUCGGAGCUCUGGUGCAUCAUGAGAGUCAGGUCCAGGGGAGUCCGAAGCCUCCUCCUGGGGGAGACGCAGCAGCCGCCCAGGUCCUGGUCUGUGCUGAAGCUUCCCAGAGUGCUGUGCUCUCCAGGCACGCUGUGUUUGAGAAACUGACAGUUGAAAGUGAAGAUCAGCGCCCUGCGGCAAAGAGACAGCUGUCGUCCGAGAGCGCAGCCAGAACCAUCACUGUGGUGAAGAAGAGCGCUGUGAGGAAGGAGGCGGAGGAGCACAGGCUCCUGAAGCCUAAAGCUCACCUGGGACAGAGGGUGGCACCGUGCCCUGCAGUGGCAGGGAAAAGGAAGCGCCGAAAGGACCUCUUCACCAACUCUGAGGUGUUCCACAGGGUCGAUUCACACGCCAUCAGGGCCGGAGCAGAGCUGAAGGAAAAGCGUGUGUAUGAUGUGAAGACGAUAGCACAGUGUAUCACACAAGGAGCCAGGAAUGAGCUGGAGCGGCUUCGUGCCAUCUGGGUUUGGCUGUGCCACAACAUCGAGUAUGAUGUGAGCGGGUUCCUCGGCCGCUCGGAGAAGCUGAGCUCACCGGAGGAGGUGAUUGCGGCCGGUCGGGGCGUGUGCUGCGGCUACUCCAGCCUCUGUACUGAGAUGUGCAGAGAGGUGGGCAUCGAGUGCCAAGAGGUGCCGGGCCACAGUAAGGGCGUCGGGUACCUUCAGGGUCAGAGCCUCAAGAAUGUGAAAUCUGAUCACCUGUGGAACUCUGUGCUUCUGGGAGGACAGUGGUUCCUGCUGGACGCCUGCUGGGGAGCAGGACGAGUGGACAUGGAGAACGAAAGCUUCGUCAAAAGGUUCGAUGAUUUCUAUUUCCUGACGGACCCAGAGGAGUUCAUAGAUUCACACUUCCCCGAUGAGGAGAAAUGGCAGCUCCUUGACACGCCCAUCGCUCUGGAGGAGUUUGAGAGGAGAGUCUUCAAGACUUCAGCCUUCUUCACCUUGGGGCUGCGACUGAUGCAGCCUCAUCACUUCCACAUCGUCACAGAUGACGGCGAGGCUAACGUGUCCCUCGGCUUCUCCAGGCCGACAACUUUUACGUAUGAGAUCACGCAGCACCAGGACCUCCUCCACUGUGGCGCUCCAGAGCAGAAAGAGUCCUGCAACUCGUCCUUCGGCCUCCUGACGGUUUCCCAUCGGAGCAUGAAGCUGCAGCUCCUGCCGCCUGCGAGCGGCGUGUACGACGUGAAGGUGUUUGCCAGACCUGAAACAGCCACCACGCCUCUGAUUUGGGUCUGCUCCUACACAGUCGAGUGUCCCGUCCCCAGGGCCAUGGAGGAGAUCCCAGAGAACCCCUUCCUGUCUUGGGGUCUGCAGCCUGUUGCGGGGUCUCUGGGUGUUGCAGGGAGCAGUCAGGGCAGCAAGGCUGCAGAGGUGGAGGAGGGUGUCUUUGAGCUGACGUUGAAGACGUCCAGGCCUCUGAUGGCGCUGUGUGAACUGGUCCACCCACAGCUGGAGGCUUCAGUCGCCAAGCGCUGCCUGGCUACUCAGAUUCAGGUGGAUGUCCAGGUAGUCCUUGAGCGUCACUGUGAAACUGAGAAGGUGGUCAGUCCGGAGGAGCUCUUCCCUCCUAACCUGGGCUCGGUGUGUGGGCCGGGGACCCGCACAUCAGAGGCGGGGCUGUCCAAAUUCAGCCACACAACGGCGCUGGUGAGCACCCAGCAAGGCAAGUGUAACAUCACUUUCCACAACCAGCGUGACCUGGAGCUUCACACUGUGCUGAGCAGAGAGGAGAGCAAAGCAGCGGCCGUACCGCUCACACGGCACGUCUUCUGCACGUACACAGACAGCAAGGUGACGGUGAGCGUCAGCCUGCCUGAGGCGGGGGUGUAUCGGCUGGGUCUGUACGCUAAGAUCACCCCCGCUGGAGAUUUUAACCCCAUGUGUGACUUUGUUCUGAGGAACAGCUGCGAUCAGCCGGGGCCUCCGUUCCCCUGCGUCUACUCAGCCUGGAGGAAAGGCUGCGUGCUCUUUGAGCCCCGCGUGGGCCUGCUGGAGCCCCUCUCAUGGGUCCGCUUCAGGGUGAGGGUCCCCGGGGCCCAGAGGGUGAGCGUGAUGGGUGAGACAAGAACUGAUCUCAAACUGAAUAAGAGCAGAGUCUGGGAGGGGGAGGUUUUCAGUGGAAACGGUCUCCAGCAACUGAAACUGGCCGCCGCCACCUCGGGAGAAUCCACUGACAUGUCUGUUUUGAUGACCUUUGACAUCAAGCAGCUGGAGAGAGAAGUGUGACACGGCGGGUGGAGACCAGAUGGAAACGUAGCUGUUCACUGCCUGAUGACGUCACUGAUACGGACUAAUGCAAAUCAGACUGGGGUGAAGAAUCUGUGCAGAUAAUUCAGACUGUGAGACACAAUCUUUCAGGUUUCACCACAUCAAGCGAACACAGACACAGUCGUGAUGAGGUGCACCAACAUUUGACAUAUGAUCUGUGAAUGUUUAAACAUUGUAGCGAUGAAGUGAAACAAAAUGCAAACCAAACCUACCUGGAAAUUGUUUGGGAUUUUCUUUGAGAGCUAUAAUUUGAUCCAGGUAGUGUUGAGCCUGUCAGCUGUGAUAUUAUUCUGAUCAAGAGUGCAUCUUCAUUAUUGAUAUGUUAUCAGAGGUAAACCUGCUCUAUGAAAUCAUGGUUGUCAAGAAGCGUGCAAUAAAAAUAAACUGUGAAAAUA